AUGAAAGGGGACAUGGACCUUUCUGUUUUGCCCAAUAACAACCAUCCUGACAAAUUCCUGCAGCUUGACGUGAAGUCUUUAAUGAGGAACUCGACCCUUCUGCAGGCUAGCCUCGCGAGAUUUCCCGGUGGAAAUUUUCCUGCUGCACAACACUGGCAAAACCUUGUCUACUCCCAGAGAGAAAAGAGCAUCUCUUCUCAGCAGGCUAAGGGAUUUGGUGGAGAGAGCCCAGUCCUUGCUGACAGUCCUCCGCCGUCCAUGUCUUCAGUCAUGAAGAAUAACCCAUUAUAUGGUGACAUCAGCAUGGAGGAAGCUAUGGAAGAAAGAAAGAAGAAUCCUUCAUGGACCAUUGAGGAAUAUGACAAGCAUUCUGCGCACACAAAUCUCUCCGGACAUCUGAAGGAAAACCCCAAUGACCUGCGCUUUUGGUUGGGAGAUACUUACACUCCAGGCUUUGACACUUUGCUGAAGAAGAAGAAGAAACGCAACAAGCGAUCGAAAUUAUGCCACUUUGGCAUGAUUCUGCUCCUUGUGGCCUCCAUCUUGGUUACCGUCGUGACCCUCAGCACUUUAUUAACCUAA